AUGAGACUCGGGUUUGGCAAGUCCAUCGCUUUCUCACCGCAUAUAUUCACGCUCUCGUCUGUAAACGUCGUCAUGAACAAAGUCGCCUUGGCCCUCAGCAAAACAUCUUUUGCGGUCACAAUGCUCCGCAUCUCGUCUGGAGGACAGAAGGUUCUUAUUUGGUUCCUGAUCUUGUCUAUGAAUGCAGUCUUGGCAACCAGCGCUGUCGUGGCAUGGAAACCCGCCUGCGAUAGGCCGUCAGACUCUUAUGAAGCUGUACUACCCGGAUCUUGCUGGCGAGUUGAGGAUUCGGUCAUCAUGCACAUGGUAUCAAAUGGAUACUCUGCACUCGUUGACUUCAUUUUGUCUCUGCUUCCAUGGCCGAUGCUAUGGAGACUGGCAUUAAAACGUCGUGAGAAGAUUGGAGUUGCCGUUGCUAUGAGUCUUGGGGUCAUUGCAGGUUUAGUCGGUGUGAUCAAAGUUGUCAAAAUAGUGACCAUUGCCGAAGGCGCAGAUAUACCAUACCGCCUUUCGCUGCUCUUCAUAUGGGGACAGGCCGAAAUCAACGUCACAAUCGUCGCAUCAUCUAUCCCGGUUUUACGGGUGCUUUUCACCGAAAUGUAUUCAACGACUAGAUCUAGCGAAAGAGAUGGAUAUUUGAAGUCAGACAGGCAAAGUGAGUUUCCAUCAGAUAUUGGCAUGAACACGUUAGAGGAGGGGCGGAAGAUCGAGCUAGAGACAAGCCGCAAUGUGUUGCGAGCUAUGGGCCCAUCAACGACUACGAACACCGCCAUGAGGGCUCGGGAGACAGAUAUUGGAUACAAUGCGAUGGAUGAGAUCACGCAGGGUACCCAAAGGCACACGCUGAGAAACUCUGAAAGCUACGAGGGCAUUGAACUUGCAAGCGCGUUGAGAUGA